AAAUUUUCAAUUCCUCUUCUUCUCUCCUCUCUCUCUCGCUCUAAAACCUCUCUCAUCUUCUCAUUCUCUGAAACCUCGAAGCUCUGAAUCCUAUGACAAAAUGGGCAAGUACAUGAACAAAUCCAAGAUCGCCGGCGAUAUCACAGUCAUGGAGGUCUUCUCACAGCCCACCACGACCACUGUCCGCACCAGAGCCGCUUCCAAAUCCCUCGCAUUGCAGAAACUGCAGAAAUCCUCCCUUCCAGACGCCAUUCCCGACCUCUCCUUCUCCUAUCUCCAGCUCCGCACCCGCCGCCUCGAUAAAACCAACAGGUCCAUUGGGGCUUCCGCCAAACAGACAUCAAAACCUAAGAAGUCUGCUCGCAGUUCCAGUUCCUCCGUGAAAACAACCUCUAAUUUGGACUGUGAGAGCCAGAUUGUUGGCUUUGAAUCUCAGGCUGAGAAUUUGAAGUUCGAAAUCUCAAGAAGGGGUGCAAGUGAAAGCACGGCGGACAACCUGCAAAGAACCAUCACACCAGCACAAGAGAUUGAAGAGUUCUUUGCCUCCGCAGAGCACCAGCAACGGAGAUCAUUUAUUGACAAGUACAAUUAUGAUAUUGUAAACGACAAGCCUCUCGAUGGACGAUACGAAUGGGUGGAACUGGUGCCUUGAGCUUCUCGAGAAAGGCGGGAGGCCAUUGCCAAGGAAGUGGUGGGAAGAGGGAAGAGGGAAGAGGGAAGAUUGAAGACAGCUCCAGCUGGGAAGAGGUAUGAUGAUACUACCAAACUAUCUGUUGUGUGUGUGGAGAGAGGCUGGAAAUUUUGCAGAGAUGAGUAUGAAAAAGGCAGUGUCCUUUGUGGAAAAAGUAGGACUGAACACAAAGGGUGGGGGGGUCCUUGGGAAGGGCACACUGCUCACCUGCUAUCUAUAGGGUCCCAUGGGGUCUGUUCUCAGCUCUGCCUUUUUAACUUUCCUCUUUUGCCUGUUUUUUUUUUUUUUCAAAAGAAAAAAAAGAGCCUGAGAUGUUGCGUGUUGAUUGCAUAGGAUGCCAGUCUGAAGUAGUUCCUUUUUUUAUCUCAUCUAUCUUUCAACAACAUUUCGUUUUCAGAUGUAAUGUUUAUCUUUCACAUUUUCCCCCUCUUCUCUCUC